AGAGUGAGGAGGUGGGGAGUUAUUUUCACAGAGUCUAAACAGUAGCCUGCCUCUCUCCGUCGCCGCUGUGGGUUGUGCAGUCCCUUUACGCGGAGAGCAUUACGCGUCACUGGACUAUAGAGCGAGGUCCCCUCACUUUUCCACCCCCCCAGCCGUGAACUAUUUCAGGCUCUCAUCCAUCCCGCACUGUUUUGGACCUACAUUUAUCCCGCGUUUAUUUACAGCAGAAGUCUGGACCACUCGACUUGUUUUCUUCUUUUUUAUUUUUUGCACGUUUGGAUCUAUUGCUCCCGAGACGCGCUUUUAAGAUGCAUGUGGGGCGCAAAUCGUGUUGGAGGCAGCUGCAGGCUUCUUUUUUCAGACUGCUCUGUCUUAUCCCCACAGGAUUCCCUGUCCGGAGUGUGGAUAUGCAGCGGGCCACCGACAACAUCACCAUCCGCCAGGGCGACACGGCGAUUAUAAGGUGUUAUGUUGAUGACAAAGUCUCCAAGGUGGCUUGGCUCAAUCGAUCCAACAUUAUUUUUGCUGGUGAGGACAAGUGGUCCCUGGACCCCAGAGUAGGCCUGGUGACUAAAGGGCAACUGGAGUACAGCCUACGCAUACAAAAGGUGGAUGUGUAUGAUGAAGGCUCUUAUACCUGCUCUAUACAAACCAAGCAGCAGCCUAAGACCUCACAGGUUUACCUCAUCGUACAAGUUCCAGCUACAAUCUACAAGGUGUCAGAAGAUAUCAUUGUAAAUGAGGGCAGUAACGUGACACUCAGCUGUUUGGCAAGUGGCAGGCCGGACCCUCUAAUCACCUGGCGGCUGCUCAACCCCUCAGCCGAGCCACUGGAUGGAGAGGAGUACCUGGACAUUAUAGGCAUCAUGAGAAACCAAGCAGGUCGUUAUGAAUGCAAAGCCAGCAACGAUGUCGCCACACCUGAUGUCAAAUAUGUCAACGUUGUUGUCAACUAUCCUCCAUCAAUAAGGAAAACCCAGAGCUCAGAGCCUCCGGUGGGCCGCCUGGGAACCCUGCAGUGUGAGGCUGCCGCCGUGCCCACACCGGAGUUUGAAUGGUACAGAGACGACAAAAGGCUGUCUAAUACUCAAGGCAUCAAUAUCCAGAUUCUUGGCGGUAACACUAUCCUCAUGAUUGCCAAUGUCACUGAAGAAGAUUACGGGAACUACACCUGUGUGGCCUCAAACCGUCUGGGUGCUCAGAGUUCCAGCGUUUUCCUCUAUAGACCUGGGACAGGUCGAGACAUCAACGGCUCUGCUUGUGCAUCUCUAUCACUGUGGCUCCUGUUGGCCUCCUUUGCCUGCCUUUUCUUCAAGUGUUAAUACCGUCAUCCAGCUCUCUCGCUGACCCCACCCCUGACCGCCCAGCCCUCCUCCCCCUACUUUCCCGUCCUCCCGCUCUUCAACUCAAUGACAUCCUUUUCGCUACUUUAUUACCAACGCUGCCGCCUCCCUCCCGUAGACUGUUUGCAUCACAGUACAAAAACCUUACGUGCUCUCGAGCACUCUUGAGUACGGCUUAGAGAUAUUAUGAGAAGCGAUGAGUUAUGAUGGAGUAAGAUGUUUUACCAACAAAUAAAAACAGUGGAAUGAAGGACAAAACAAGCAAACAGUGCUCUUACAAAGAUUUGUGAUGUUGUUUUUAAUUUGUAUGCACUAUUUUGUGUCUGUAACAUUUUGUUUUUGGGUCUGAUUUGGAUCUUUCCACCCCUCUUUAUUUUUCAUGGGGAUAACAGCAGAAGGAUCCCAAAAACUGGGAUACCAACAAUCAGCUCUUUUGAGUACAUGUAAGAUCUGUUAUGUUAUUGUGAUUUUAACCCAUACGUUAAAAAGCAACGUGCAACAUAUUUGCCAAAUAUACACAAAUAUUUGAAGCUAAAGUGCAAAACUCAAAGGGAAAAACUAAUGUAUCUGAUUUUUUUUUUUUUUUUUUUUUGACGAAAUGAGAUUUUGGUGUUGAAUGUGUUCAAUCAUAACAUGAGGCGACUCAGCUGGAACACAGAUGCAGAGCCUUAGCAGCACAGCUCUUCACUCAGUAACAUUUGGACAAUGGCAGGCAAUCUUAGAGAGGAUGAUGCAGUGAGUGAAUCCUGCCGAGCUAAACCAUCCUUUACGUCCUCAUCCAGUGGCUUUGCUACUACCCGCCUUUAUUACAAAAGAAAAAGCAGAACUGACAAAAAAAGAUACCCAUGUAGGUUAUAAUUAUGCGUACUGUACAUAGUUCAAUUUUGUAUCUCUCUAAGAUAAGUUCUGCCACUGUAACACCAGGAUUUCAGAGAACAUUGUUGCAGUUCAUACUUUUAGCUGAGGUAUUUUAGGAUCAUUCUGCUAGACAGUGGGGAUUUGGAGAAAAAAAUAUAUACGUAUGACACCAAUGAAUGACUUAAGUUUUUCUCUUCUCAAAGAGUGUUUGUUUUACUAUGACAUGGUACAGAAAUAUUCAUGACGAUAUAUGAUGUUCAUGCUAUUUUUUCCAUCUUUAUCUCAUUCAUUUUUACAGCACACUUCAACCAAAAUACCUUAUGUACAAUACCCACCACAUUUAUUGGCACCUCCGGUAAAGAUGAAUAAACUGCCUUAAAAUAAAUUUAUUGUAGCAACCUGAUCUUAUAAAUAAUAAUACCGAGUAUGUUUAUGCAGAGUGGAUAAAAGUACUCUGCAUAAAGAAAAUUGUUUCUUUUCACUACAAGACUGGUGGCACACAUGUUGGUACAACUUUGUAGAACCCCAUUUUCCCAGUACGAUAAGUAAAACUUAAUCUCAUAAAAAAAAAGAUUACAAGGAUGGACGGGGCUGGCUAUGGAAGAAGUUUUUGAAGUUUAUGAUGGUAGGAUGGUGUCUCUAAGAUGCCCGUCUUUGAUACAGUUCUCCAGCGGUUACCUUUGAAGAAUUUUUUACAGCACAAUACUAAAAACCAAAAACAUGUUAAGGUGAUUAAUUUGCUUAUGUUUAAAAGAGCUCAGCAACAACUGUGUCUGCUGCUGUGGAAAAAAAGCAACUAAAUUCAACGUAUUAAGUAUUUCCAAAAAUGCUGUCUUGUAAUUGCGCUCUUUCUUUAAUCAACCGAUUGGCAGUGUGCAGCAAAAGGUCGGGGAGGAGCAGCACUGUGCUACUUUACUCUGUCUCGUGAAACUCCAGACUCUUUGGGUUAGGGCUAUCUAUCUUUAAACGUAGAACUGUUUAAUGGUUUUGAGCCACUUUUUUUUUUUUACUUUGUAUACCAGUAACCAAGAAGUUCAUUUAUAAUGAUUAAGAAAUGUCUAUAAAUUCCAAUUAUGAAUGCUAAAGUAAACCUUUUAAGAAAACCUACAGUUACAUUUAUUUUGCAGGAAGAGUGUUGAUUUUAUUAUCAAUAAUUAUUUCUUAGAACAGUAUUUUUCUCCACUGAAUGUACUCAAAUGCUAAAUAUUUUAGUGAGACAAAAUGAUAGUGAAAUAAAGGAUGAAUUUAUUUAAAGGCAACAACUUUAGCGCUGGUGCACUGUAUAAAAAGAGAAAUUUGAUGUUUCUUUAUAGGAUAGCAUCUUAUUGAGACUUGUAGGUCUUUUAAACUGGCAGCCAUACAGUUUUGAUAGAAGCCCGUUGGAUGGGAAUAUAAUAAGGCAAAGUUAUGCAUUAAAAGCAGAUAGUUCUGUGCUGUUGUUGUUGUUAUUGUGCUUAUUCUUGAGUUGACAUUUUUUUAAGAAUGCAGUAUUAUGGUUAGCUUGCAAUUCUCAUUCAAAUGCCUGGACUUCAGCACGAGAACAGAAUAUUAAACACUGGACAUGACUCCUCUCAAUCGCCAGCAAAAAGUGAUUAAAUUUAACUGCAGCAAAUCACCAAGUCCUUUGCCAAAGCUUUCACAGGAUUUAUUUCUGUAAGAACUAAUGAGUAAAUGUCUGUGGGUUUUUCUUUACUCACUCAUAGAGUGCAGUUCAGGGCGCAGCUGUGUGGCUCAGUGAACCUGCUGCACUAUUAUCUGCCUUUUUACCAUUUUCUUUGACCUACUGUAAAGCUGACUGAUUGUGCAAUCCUUUGCUUAGCUCAACACUACCAAUUCUCGGUUAUCUGAAAACAAACAUUUAAUUAUUGUCAUUUUCACCAUGUAUUUAAAGACUUGUUUCAGUGUUUCCAUGGUGAUUGCCUCUGAGGUUGCAGCUGUCUGUGGUAGUGAUGUUGAACUUAAAAUCUAGUCUGCUUUUACUUGAAGUGCUGUUUUGGUCACACCAAAUCCAAUAUCACAUUUCUGACUCUUGGAGGUGUUAAGGACUCUGCUUAUUUUAUGCUUUCACCUUCUUGCACAUUUUUUUCAUUAGUUUUUUUUUAUAUAUAUGCAUAUAUACCUGGUGUGUUUCAUUUCUUUGCAGCAUACUUUAGGCACGGCAAUAGGCACAGCAAUAUAAUUUUGUUAUUGUGGAAUAGAUCUUAGCAGGUCAGUUUACCAGAGAGAAAUGUUGAUUCCUCCUGCUCUGUCUCACUGUCUUUUUAUUUAAAAUAAGGGCAGAACUGAGCAUGGCUGACCUGAAGCAGAUGAUCAGAUGUAGACAUUAUUUUUUUCGUUUUGCUCCCUGACUUUUUUCAUCAGUUAAGUGGAGAAGACUGACAGACAACCAUGGUGUUAAAAAAAACUUCUUACUGCCUCAAGCCUUCAUUUUAGCAUUUGUAUGCAUGAUCUCUGCUUAAAAGCAAAACAUUUAUGGGAACUCUGAUUAAUGGAUUUUAAGUUGAUUUAUAGACUAUCUUUGUACCAUUCAGGUUGUUCAAGUGCAUGAGGCUAAGCUCAGCAGUGUGGGUGCCCAAGCACAUUCAUGCAGGUUAAAACCAGCUAAAUAGCACUGACUUACAGCGCCUUGCAAAUAUAUUCAUACCAUUUGAACUUUUACACGCUUUUUGUUACAUUAUAGCCAUAAACUCUAAUGUGUUUCAUUUGAAUUUUAAGUGGUGAAGAAUUUUGGUAUAAAAUGAAAAUGACAUGGUUUUCAAAAAAUUUUGAUAAAUGUAGCAUAUAAUUUGUAUUCAUCCUACCCACCUCUCCAGUCCCCCAUACACAGGACAGUCUACUUAUUCUAAACUGGAUCAUCAUUUAUAAAAACACAGAUUUAUCCAGACGGCACCGUUUUCAUAAAUGUUUUUAUCCAUUCGUAAAUACAGACCAGUCCUAGACAUUGUUUUUACUCUCCCCACACCUGUAAGUGGUGCUUCCAUUCUUGACAUGUUUAUAUUCCAUGUCAAGCAUGGAAUAUAAACAAAAGGCCUCCACACAAGAUUAAUGGUAAACAUAACAUGGGAAAAAAAUAGCCAACAACAAAACACAAGUGGAGCCUUUUGAAAAGGUAAAAGGUAAAGGUAAUUUUAUUUAUAUAGCACAUUUUCAGCAACAAGGCAAUACAAAGUGCUUUACAGGACUUAAAA